GCGCCCGGCGCGGGGAUGCGGUUGCGGGAGCUGGGGCCCGGGAGCACUGUAGGCGCGCGCGUUGGCCCCGCGCGGUGAGGGGCGGCCAGGCGGCGACAGGCACGUUACAUGCACAAAUUGGGUGCAGCCUUUACUAAACCCUGUUGUGCAGCGCUUUGGCAUUGCAGUGGCGCGGUGGAGCGUCCCAGUCACCGGGGGAUGGGUCCUUAGCCCCGGUGUUAGACUGGCACUGCUCGCAAAGAGCCCUUAGCUAGGCUUGUGAGGGGGACGGGUGUCCGCCUUGGGCUGUGAGCGACGUGUUCUUUUCUUUUUGUGCCAAGGAUUCCCUCAGCAAGCGAGCUAUGCAGCGGGCGGCGGCGCUGGUCCGACGGGGCUGCUGCCCCCGGACCCCGGGCCCCUGGGGCCGUAGUCAGAGUAGCGCGGCCGCUGAGGCCUCCGCGGUGCUCAAGGUGCGGCCAGAGCGCAGCCCGCGCGAACGCAUCCUCACACUGGAGUCCAUGAACCCGCAGGUGAAGGCGGUGGAGUACGCGGUCCGGGGACCCAUCGUGCUCAAGGCCGGCGAGAUCGAGCUGGAGCUGCAGCGGGGUAUCAAAAAACCAUUCACUGAGGUCAUCCGAGCGAACAUUGGGGAUGCUCAGGCUAUGGGCCAGCAGCCAAUCACCUUCCUCCGACAGGUGAUGGCACUGUGUACCUACCCAAACCUGUUGGACAGCCCCAGCUUCCCAGAAGAUGCUAAGAAGCGAGCUCGGCGCAUCCUACAGGCUUGUGGCGGGAACAGCCUGGGGUCUUACAGUGCUAGCCAGGGUGUCAACUGCAUCCGAGAAGAUGUGGCUGCCUACAUCACCCGGAGGGAUGGCGGUGUGCCUGCAGACCCAGACAACAUUUACCUGACCACUGGAGCGAGCGACGGCAUUUCUACAAUCCUGAAGAUCCUGGUCUCUGGGGGCGGCAAGUCACGGACCGGCGUGAUGAUCCCCAUCCCACAGUAUCCCCUCUACUCGGCAGUCAUCUCUGAGCUCGACGCCAUCCAGGUAAACUACUACCUGGAUGAGGAGAACUGCUGGGCCCUGAAUGUGAACGAGCUUCGGCGAGCAGUGCAGGAGGCCAAAGACCACUGUGACCCCAAGGUGCUCUGCAUCAUCAACCCUGGGAACCCCACAGGCCAGGUACAAAGCAGAAAGUGCAUAGAAGAUGUGAUUCACUUUGCCUGGGAAGAGAAGCUCUUUCUCCUGGCUGAUGAGGUGUACCAGGACAAUGUAUACUCGCCGGAUUGCCGAUUCCACUCCUUUAAGAAGGUGCUUUACGAGAUGGGGCCUGAGUAUUCCAGCAACGUGGAACUUGCCUCCUUCCACUCCACCUCCAAGGGCUACAUGGGCGAGUGUGGCUAUAGAGGAGGCUACAUGGAAGUGAUCAACCUCCACCCUGAGAUCAAGGGCCAGCUGGUGAAGCUGCUGUCAGUGCGUCUGUGCCCACCAGUGUCUGGACAGGCUGCCAUGGACAUUGUUGUGAACCCCCCAGUGCCAGGAGAGGAGUCCUUUGAACAGUUCAGUAGGGAGAAGGAGUCUGUCCUGGGUAAUCUGGCCAAAAAAGCAAAGCUGACAGAAGACCUAUUUAACCAAGUCCCAGGAAUUCACUGCAACCCCUUGCAGGGAGCCAUGUAUGCCUUUCCUCGGAUCUUCAUUCCUGCCAAAGCUGUGGAGACAGCUCAGGCCCAUAAAAUGGCCCCAGACAUGUUCUACUGCAUGAAGCUCCUGGAGGAGACUGGCAUCUGUGUUGUGCCUGGCAGCGGCUUUGGGCAGAGGGAAGGCACCUACCACUUCAGAAUGACCAUUCUCCCUCCAGUGGAGAAGCUGAAGACAGUGCUCCAGAAGGUGAAGGACUUUCACAUAAAGUUCCUGGAGAAGUAUGCGUGAGGAUGCCUCAGGCCCCAGGGGAGACCCCAUCUCCAGGUCUCCCCCACAACGCCCUCCCAGGCCUCCCCCACUGACUGCCUCAAGGUCUCACUGAGGUCGCUGAUUGUGUCCAUCGUCAUUUUCCCCAGGAGACUUCUUUCUCUGUGCCUUGGUGUUGGGAGCACUUCUCUUCUGAGCAAAUGUGAAUUCUCAAUGUCUCACAGGCUGUUCUUUUGAUGCAACCAAAGCAGAGGGGUCUUGCUCAGCAGAUAUGGCCAAGUUCUCCGAAUCAUCUAAUUGUUGGUUUUGAAAAGUUCCCUUGGGUUUUAAACAACCAGGCUGUGUUGGAUGGGAUGUUUUAGAUCUGGAGAAACAAACAGGUUAUUGGGAAAUGUAUGACAACCAUGGUGAGGAUGGGAAGCCCAGAACUUCUAAUGUGAUCUAUGAAAUAAAACCAUUAGUGGUGCGAAAAUGUAGUUCUUCAAACAGUAGAGCCUGGACGUCCAGUGGGGACUCAGAUAGGGUCCAUCAUUCUGACCUGGAGGCAGUCAACCCAUCUCAGACAAGGACCAUGAGGGCAGUAGUACACUGGUAGAACAGGUUGCCAGGCUGGGUUGUGGUGGACACUGGGGGAUAUGCCCAAGAUCACAGGUCCUGUAGGGAGGAGGAGUGGGUGUGAGUCAGGCACCAGGUUGAGCCAGGUCUCCACUUCUGAGCAGUGUAGCAGGUCAUAAGGAUUCUGGAUACUUUGGGGAUGAAAGUUUCUCUUGAAUAUGCUAGGCUGAGAUCUUGGUCUGAGAGGUCUCCGUGGACUUCAGGGACACAGGGCACACAGCCCAGCAAUAUCCCAGUUAUGAGGAGGGGCUCUGCCUGUUGACCUAUGGAUCCUCCCCCUGGUUACCCAGUGACUGUUUUCUCCCAAGGGCUUGAUUGAGCCUUUACCCACAUCGCCCCCUGCUGGCAGUAGCAGAGAUAGGGAAAGACUAAAAAUGUCCUAAGCCAGGAAGGGAUCCUUAAGGACUUGACCAACCAACAACAGUCAAGCCCCUGUAGUUUCUCCAAUUAUUUUAAAUGGAAUUUGGUCCAUUUUGUAGCUCUUAAUUGGUUAAAGUGCCUGUAGCUUGCUGUGGAGGAGUGAAUGCAAUCUGAUUCAUUUAUUGAACUGAAUUGGAGUGUUUUAACUUAAUGCAAAGUGUUUUGCCUUCUCAUUAGCUGCUGCCUCCCUUCCCAGCCUUGCGGACAGGGACUUGUAGCAUCAGUCAUCUCUCCAGGCCAGGAAGGCAUCAUCCACCAACCAUGCCACUUCUCUGGCAUUGGUAAGCCUGAACUGGGCUUGACCCACACUCCAGCAGCUCAGUACUCCCAUCCCCUUCACCAGGCACCUUCCUCCUUACCAUCUGCCUACUCCAAGGGAAGUUAGGGAAACCAUGGCCAGCUCAGGAGUCUGGGGACCCAACAAGUCCCAAAAUGGAACUGAAGGAGCUGGAGAGAGAAAUCGGAAGAAGUUAAGGAGUGAGGUUUGAAGCAACCUCCUAUGCUACUAUUUCCACACUGGGUCCUUGCAGGGGAAUACAGUAGAAAACGUCAAAUUGUCAUUACACAUUAGCAUUACAGUUCCUGUGAAGAAAGCAGCCACAAUCUCAAAUAACAAAAGGGAAUGUUUUGGUACUUUUCCUUCCUUAAAAAGUUGAAAAAGUUGCACUCGGGCUUUCUGUAUGCUACAUAAGCCAGGAUGUGUCCCAGAGUCAUGAGAUUUCUGGUAGAAAGGUUAAAUAGUAGAGGCUAGUAUAUUUUUUAUAUUUUUGUAACAAUUGCUUUUUUCAUGGGGGGAGGAGGGGUUAGUAUUUAUAGUCUUAACAAGUCCAGUAAUUUUUUAUAAGUCUCUUCAGAUUAUAAAUAACCCCUAAACCUUUACAACGUUUACAUGAUUUUUUAAAAGAUGCCAUAUAUACUUGGUUUGCUUUUAAAAUAAAUGAAUAAUAAGGUCAGCUAGUUUAGGAGGCUAACUUCAGGUAGGAAAGCCAAUCAUGAUUAAUUUUGAUUUUCUGCAGAUUCAAUUCUGAUGCCUUUCCUGUUCCGGUACCAUCCUACAAAGUUGAUGGUUGUUUGGGGUUGCACUUUGUGUCUACAUGUGUACGGUUACUGUUGUUCACCCAGAUCUGCGUGUGGGUGAUGCCAGGGAAGCUUAUGCCAGGCUGUCCCUUGGCGGGUCCAUCACCUCACACCUUGAGGCUGGACUCAUUGUUUCUGUUCUGAUGAGUGGAGGUUUGGGGAGGAGCAGACACAGACAUCUCCUGCCAAAGGUACUUGAUGAUAACUCUGCUGGAAGUUUCUAAACAAUAAAAUAUGUGUCCAAAAUGGUGACUGUGUUUAACUUUCCUUGUCAUUUUAAGGUUGAGGGGACAUCACUAAUUUUACUUUUUGUAAUGUAUGUUCCUAUUGCAAUAACAAGCAUUUCAUCCUAAACUCUACACCCUCCGGUCACAGCUUCUCAGCUUCCAUUUUGUCUUAGGGUUCCAUCCUAAGGACAUAAGGAUCUUGAACUGCUUUUUCUUUUUUUCUUUUACUUAAGGUGGAGAAACUUCAUGCAUUCUUUGAACUAGGAUGUUGUUAAAAAUGAAUGCAGAGACCUUUGCUUUCUGGUGGAUGUGGAAAGGGAAUUGACUGCAUCUUCAUAGGCUCUGGGCAAUGGGUUUGUAGGAGGAGCUGGAGAGAGGCACUGUGAGGCCAGUGGGCACAGGGGAGUUGUCUAUACAAGGGAUUGCAUUAAUUUCCCCAGGUUUCCCAU